AAUUCCAGGGAAAAAGAUGCCAGCUUGAAGUUGCAGGGCAUGCUUCCCUGCUGGGACCUGAGGUCAGAUCACGCAUCAGAUUCAUUUCCAACAGCACAGUGACAAAGCAUGUGAGCUCGGUUUCUGAGCGAUCUUUCCACUUGUAGACAUCUGAAUCCGACUCUCAGACGUCUGUUGUUCCCCAGCUCUUGCAGUAUCUCCAUCGAGCAUCGAGGUUUGGGAUUCGCUUGCAGCUGUCAUCAGUGUGAGGCUUCUGAGAGGUAUCUUGUCAUCCACGCUUCUGUACAGAGCCAGAUCUGGGGAUGCAAAGACCUAACUAGGUGGUUAGGUUAUUGGCUCGGCAGAAGCACCAAAUUGACUGGGAAAGUGGCCCGUCGGCAUAAAGUAGUUAUGUGACGGACUAUGCACGCAUCAACCGAGCUUUUGUGCAUGAAGUAAAGGAGGUUGCAGCCUGAGUGUUAUGGAGAACAUAAGGGUCCCAUCUAAAAGCGUCACUCUUAAAUGAGCGUGCCACAGUGUAGAGACACAGGUGGGAAGUGGUUGCAGUUGGAUCCAGCCCUGCUGCUUGUGCGGUAGUUGUCUACUAUGUUCUCCCUUCUCUUUGGUCUGUGGAAGUACCUUUUUGCAAAAGCGGAGUACCAUGUGCUGAUUCUGGGGAUAGACAAAGCGGGCAAGACGACCCUUCUGGAGAAGGUGAAGGCCAUAUACUCGGACCUAGAAGCGCUUCCCCCGGAAAGGAUAGUGCCCACGGUGGGCUUGAACAUAGGCCGGGUAGAUGCGCACAAGUGCAAGCUCAUUUUCUGGGAUCUAGGGGGCCAGUUGGGUCUACGGUCAAUCUGGGAGAAGUACUACGAGGAGGCGCAUGCCGUGUUGUAUGUAGUAGACGCUGCCUGUCAAAGUCGAUUCGAAGAUGUUAAGAACGCCCUAGCCCGGGUGAUGCAGCAUGUAGAGUUAGACGGAGCCCCAAUAUUGGUUCUGGCGAAUAAGCAGGAUCUUCCGGGAGCCAUAUCCGCAGAGGACAUGUCUCGGACGCUCGACAUGAUCGACGUCAAUGACCGACCAUGUCUUGUAAAAGCUGCGUGUGCAUACGACGGGUCUGGGGUCAGGGACGGGGUCCUCUGGCUAGUGGAGGCGAUGAAGAAGAGCCAGCGGUCGGAGAAGCUCAAACAACGAGCCGAGUCGGCGAUCCAGUUCUGAUCCGACCCGAUGAUCAAGUCCCUCUCUUUGAAGAGCUCUGCUUGAAAGUUUGUACACUCAACGUCCACAGAUCAAUUGUCAGCAGGCGCAAUAAGAAAGCGGGAAUGGGCUUCGGUCAUACCAGCCGCAUGGAGCAAACGAGGAAAGCUGCCUGGGUCUCGAGGGUUCUUCUCCAACCCUUCUUCCAUCAGUCUCGGUUACCAAUCCAGGCGUUGCGUUCACGCUGCUUUGCCAUCGUUGAUGGAAGAUACUAUGGAAAAUCCCCCUUGAGAUGAAGGUCGAUCUGACUGCAUCAUGCGGUUGGAUUUUACGCCUGCGGUUACCCUUUCA